AUGACUUCUUAUGAAAGCUUAGACGGAGACAGUGAAGAUGGAGCAAGUAUUCGCAUGUACAUUGGUACAUAUGAAGGACACAGAAACGAGAAAUAUGAACGCCAUGGGUUUGGUCACGCUUUGCUACCAAACGGCGAUAAAUAUGAAGGUGAAUAUGUAAAUGGAAAGAGACAUGGCAAGGGGAAAUACGUGUUUUUCAGUAAACAGGCAAGGUAAUAAACUUAAUUACUACUGCGUGAGAAAUUUCUGCAAUUUGAUUGGCUUAGAGCCGUGGUAUUUCUGCUUGAUUUGAAGUACUUACAUGUGAAAAUUACAAACCUUUUGCGGGAAGUAGUGUAAAUACCACUCGUGAUAUUUCAAAGUUGUCUCAAAUUUCACUCCCUCAUCGGCUCGUGAAAUUACGUAUAACAAUUUUGAAAUAUCACUCGUGGUAUUUGUGCCAAAAAUGAAUCAUGCUAUUACCUAUACAAAUAACGCGGCAAGUGAACAUUAUGGAGACUAUUUUGGGUUUGAUAAUUCUUCUAUAGCGAUUAUUAAAAGCAAACAAAAGUACUAGCUAGGUCUGAAACAAAGAAAAGUAUAUGUGUAUAUAUAAUUUGAAGCAAGGAUAAAACUAGAUCACAAAAGAUGCAGUGUAAUCUCUGAUUUUCUCCUAUUGAAAAUUUGCACUUCACUAUACACUGAAGUGCUUAAAAAUCAGUAUGUAUCAAGUUUAACAUGGCAAAUUGAAUUUUGCAAUCGAUCCUGAUAACUCGAAACCUCGCUAACUUGAACUGUUUUUCGUUUCCCUUCAGGGUUCGAGUUACUGGGGUUCUACUGCACGUAGAAAAAAUCAUAAACAACUUUUACCAGCAGUUUGAAAUUGCGUAAAAAACUUGAAUUUUCAUUACGUCUCCUUGCGGUUACAUCUAGUGAUCUGUCCAGUAAUUUCUUUUCUUGUACGGUUCUCAGCUAUGGAUAUGCAAUUCUUCUUGAAUCGCGACAUCAUGAAGACAGUUUAUCCAAGCUUACGCUGGAACUGUACUUGUGCACUAUACUUGAAUUUCACAAAAUUGGCAUAACUAUAGUUCACCGACAUGUUAUUUGGCUUAGUUUUGCUGCGAGUUUGUUUUAUAUUCAAACGCGCUUUCAAACCAAAUAACUAACCAAUUAAAUUACAGAAAACACAGUUCUCUGGAGGCACUUUUCUACAGCACGUGUUUUCUCAAGUCCAAAAAUUCUUGUUGACUUCACCCUUAAAUUUCUACCAAAGAAAAGCAGUGCUCUUGCUUUUGUAUAAUCGCUUAAUAAAAAUCAAAAUUUCCCGCCGAAGGAAAUGUUCUUUCUCUUCUUUUUGGCUGUUUUGUUUUUGUUCUCUUUGCCGUUGUUGUUGUUGUUGCUUUUUUAGACCAUAUUUUACCUAUUGGCUGGUUUCAGUUUAUUCAUAGUGCGUCGGCUCCAUCACAGCUUCGCGAAGCGUUGUGAUAAACGUAUAAUUUUCUAGUUUAUUUCUUAGGUACGAAGGACAAUAUGUCAACAAUCAGAGACAUGGUCAAGGAACAUUCUGGUACCCUGAUGGGUCAGUGUAUGAUGGAGACUGGGCCGAGGGACAGAGGAAUGGUUAUGGUGUAUACAUAUAUGCUAAUGGCGAUAAGUACCUAGGAAUGUGGAAAGAAGAUCGGCGACAUGGGCAAGGGGAAUACAUCUACAAGAACCAAAGGCUUAAAUACAAAGGUAAGUCCCCUGCUAGUAAGUUUGGAGCUAACUUGAUGAAUGCCUUUAUUUAGGGAAUCCCGAACGUUCUAUAAAUAAGACGAGUAAGGUUAUGGUGACAGUAAUGAUGAUGAUGAUGAUGAUGAUGACAAGAAGAAGCAGAAGAAGCAGAAGCAGAAGAAGACGAAGAAGAAUCGUAUAAUAUAAAAAAAUUACUAUAAAAUAUCACUUGCUCGUAACAGUUAGGAAACUAAUGAAUAUAAUGACAUGGGCUUGUGAGUAAAAGAAAAAAAUGCUGCCGCCAGCCUCAAAAAAAUACGAGACCCGUCUUCCUGUUGCAAUCACUACACAACACUGAGAAAUUGUCCUUUUUCUUGCAUUUUCCAGGUAACUGGACCAACGGGAGGUUUGAAGACGAAGGAACAAUUGUAACCCCUAAUUACUCAUACUCAGGGACCUUUAACGGUGAGGAACCUAUCGGCCCGGGAAGGUUCCACUUUGACACG